AUGGCAGGCAAAGUGGGCUCCAGCAAGGAUGUGAAAAGCAGCUCUGUGACAGAGGAGAUGUUCAUCUCACAUCAAGACCAAAGUCAUCAGACAGAAAAGGAGCCUCUCUCCUCUCCGUUUCCUCCUCUUCCCCAUGUUCAUUCAUCUUCUCUUUCCCCGGUCUCUUCUCUGUCAGAUGAAGCCUACCUGCAGGCAGCAGGCAUUUUCCAGCGGCUGCGUACGGAGAAGCCGGUCACACAUCAAGUUCUGCAUUAUGCGAAGAAGACGGACACACCGCUACAAGAGAGCGGAGACAAGACCACACAGAGACAGGCCUACCAACUGGCCUUCAACACACUCAAAUACCAAGAUUUACUUGAAGACAUCAUGAUGGACAGCUGCUUCCACAUUUCUCAGCAUAUUUCCGGCAACAUGUUGCCAUUGGCGCUGGUGAUGCUGUUUGACUUCCAGGACCGAAGGUUUUUGCUGCGUGAACGUUCAACAACAGAAGGGGAGGAGCCUCACCAUGAAGUGAGGGAUCUGGAAAGCAGUCUGCACAGGUGUAAGACCAAGCUUGCAGCGUCUCUCGCUCGCUGCAGGGUGAAACAGAAUCUGCAGAGUGUUUCCUGUAUUCUGUCUCCUCCUGUGAGGACUAAACAGCACAGAGCAAAAGUUCUGCCACUUUACGCAUGGGUCAAUACUCUCAAAACCAGUGUUGAAGAAGUAUGUGAGGCGUUGCGAAGCGACGGCUUGCGUGAAGUACAGAACAUGUCUGACAUCAGCGAAUUGACAUUCUGCAGGGACCCUCUCUGUCCAGACACACUCAUCUUCUCCCAACAUCGUCACGCUCUGCUCCAGCACAGCAGCCUCACAAUGACACAUGCUCUCAACAUACAGGACAGGAGUGUGUGUGUUGCAGUGACCGUGUUGCGCCCCCUGCUGUUUGAUAACAGUGAUGUCCUCGUAGUGGGGUCCUUCUCAGCCAUGACUGUGGCUCACAUAGCCCUCGGGGCUGCUCACUCAGGCCGCGUGUUGGUAUGUGGUGCUGAUCACACACCUUCACAGGUGGAAGAGAUACAGGAACUGCUCACACAAAUGGACAUUAAAAAUGUAAGAGUGUUGUCAGAAGCGUUCUGUAGUCUGGAUGAAUGGGAUGCUGCUGUCCAGCGUUUAAAGGUCAUCAUAGUGCUUCCUCAGUGCUCGUCCUCAGCCCUAAAUGACCCAGUGCCCACCAUCCACUGUGAACAUGGAGACUGGGAUCUGCUGCAGGACUUGUCUCACGGUUCUGUAUCCCAGAGCAAAAUGCAGACUCUGACCAAUCAGCAGGCGCGGCUACUAGCCCACGCUCUCACCUUCCCAAAGGUUCAGACGGUGGUCUACUGCACACGCUCAGUGUAUCCCGAGGAAAAUGAACAGCUGGUGAAAAGAAUGUUAGAGAAAGCAUACACUCACCCCAGACUGCUGCCCUUCAGGGUGAACGGGCCGAUUUUCCCAGAUGACACCCAGUCAGAAGACACAACAGACUCCAAGUUCUUCAGGCUCGAAUCGUCUCAGUUCACCAAUGGCUGCUUCGUGGCUCGACUGUCCCGACAGGCGGAUCCCACUAAGGUAGAAACAGUCCAGGAUGUGCUGGCGAGGGCAGCAGCGAAGGGCCUCCUGGGUGGAAUAAUUCCCGAUCAAUCAAAAGCUGGUAAAAAGGGGAAAAGUAAGAAGAAUCGGGCAGCUUCAGCCACCAGUAAACAUUCAUCCCCCUCCAGCCAAGAGGGGCCGGCGCAGACAGGAAGUGAGCUUGAGAGUGGACAAGAUCCAGUUGCACAUUCAGACCAUGAAGAAGAGAAAGGUGAGGGAGACGUCAAGUGUAGUGUGGAGGAAGAGGAGGAGGGAAACACUGAGGAUAAGGGGGGGAAUGGAGAAAGGAAGAGAAGAGGGCUUAAAGGACGCAAGCGCAAGCUCAAACGGCGCUCGAACAGGAUUCCCACAGUCUCCAAGUAUCUUCCUAAAAGCCACAAGAAGAAACCAAAAAAGAAAAAACAGGCACAUCACAAAUGGCAUCUGCAAGGUCCAACGAAAAGUAAACCAAGAAGGAUACCUCGUCUUACACUGACAUUCAUAUCCUCCUCAGCAAAACCUUCCACACACUUGUCUCCGAUCACGGCCCAGGACAAAUCUGGCACUCUCACCUCUGCUGGAAAACACCCCUCCCCUGGUCGCCCUGCUCCACUUACUGCUCUCCACACAUCCUCCAAGCAGCAAGUGCAGAAACAAAACACAGAGCCUGAACGUGCCGAGAAAACACCAAAGGACACCGUUAAACCAGGAAGCCUGUUUAAGGGCCACGUGAAGGUGGUCAGACCAGAGAAAGAGUUGAAGCCCGCAGGUUUUGUUCUUCCACCCAUUUCCUCCUCGACCUCCAGCUCUCUGAGCAGCAGCAACGGUGCUUCUCCCUCGCAGCCUCCGUCCACGACCCUCCACACCCAGCACACCAUUACGUCUGCAUCCUCCUCCUCAGUGUCUCUGCCUAGUUUAGAUAAAGUCGGGGUUUAGGCUCACUGAUGGGGUAAAUGAGAUUAUCAGCAAACUGACACUCCACCAGUCAGUAAUGAUCAUAAAAUGAACAACCCCCCCAAAAAAUAUUGCAUUUAUAUUAUUUAUAGUGAAACAUAUUUUUGCUGUUUCCAAUCUGCUUAAUUUCGUGUGCUGGAAUGUAUUUAAAUGUGAAGGUGGCAGAUUAUAAAAGGUAACUAAGAAAUAAUAAAAAAAAUGUGUGUCUGAA